AUGCAUGACACCAGGCCCACGGCAGCGCCGGGCUCGUGUGCAAGCAGCCAGCCCACCACACACUCAGCUCAAGCCUACACCCGGCACCAACACCAUCGCCAGCACCACAACCACAACCACCACCCUCAACACCAGCACCAGCAGCACUAUGGCGCUCACCCACAUCAUCACCAAGAACGCCACGACCAGUCAUAUCCCCACGCCCAUCCCCACUCCCAUGUUCAGCUUGGGCAGCAGGUGGACAGCUUUCCCAGCUUUGACUUGAGCACAUCAAGCACCAUCACCACCCCUACCGUUGCCACCACCACCGCCGCCACCACCGCCGCCAACACGAGCAUCCAAGCAACAAACGCAGCGACCACGGUAGCUCAUGCCAGUCAAGCCAAUAUGGCCCAGCACCACCUUGGGCCAGAGUCGCCGCUGCUUGGAGCCAUCCGCCCUCGCGCGCCACCCGUGAUACCGAGCAUGUAUGCUGUGGACCCGUUUCCCUUGGUGCACCAGCAGACGAGCAAUGCUGCAACAGCAGGUGCAGUCACCGCGUCAAGAAGCGCAUGUUCAGCCGGUGGCAGCACGGGGUUCCCAACUGAUGCCCCUUCUACUCUGGCAUCACACCAACAACACCAACAACCCCAUCAAAGAGAUGCGCCAACGUCGCUCGCGCUCAGAAACACCAGCGUGCCCUUGAGCCAGCCCAAUCUCACGCCGACACUCCCCUCAUCAUUGUCGUCGUCGUCAGCAGCACACGCAUCAGGUGAUGCUCUGGCUUGUGACACCCCAUCCCACACGGUGUCGUCGCUGCACCGCUUCUCGUCUGCACCGGCACCGCUGCCACUCGCGUCCCCGCCAUCACCGCCACCACCCGGACUCAUCCACGACCGCCUCAUACUCGCACUCGACCAACGCACUCGCCCGCUGCUUCCAGAUCCCCUCUCCCUCUUCCCACGCGCCGCGUCUGCGCCUGCACCAGCAGGCCCCACCCCACACACCCCGCUGCACCCACCACCGCUGCAGCACCAGCACCAGCACCAGCACCAGCCCCAGGCGCAGCCACCGGCACUUGAGCUGUCAUCGCACUCGUCUUCCUCCUCCUCGUCUUCCUCAUCAGCAGCAGCACGGGCAACAACGCAAACAAUUGCACUGGCAUCAACAUCAGCAUCAGCAUCAGCAUCAGCAUCAGCAGCAGCAGCAGUUGUGGCACCACCCUCGACUAUGCAUGGUGGGGAUGUGUGCAGUGGUCAGUGCGCUGCCCACAUGCACCGGCUGGAGGAGAGGGUUGCGCAGCUUGAAGCCACGCUCUCAUCCAAGGUGCUCAACACAGUGCUGACACACGUGCAGGACAUGGCGCGCGACAUCCAUGCGCACGUGCUGACAGACGUCAUGGUGGCGUUGGGUUUGGACACACACCACCAAGCCCGCUGCUGCCACGACCAUGCCCAUGACACUCACCACCAUCAUCAUCAUCACCAGCACGAUGCAGUGCCAGCACCAGCUGCAGCGUUUGCCGCCGCACACGCACACGCAAGCACCGGCCAUGAUGACGUAGGCAUUGACAACAGCGACCAUCCCCAUCGGCCACCACAGCACCACCACCACCAUGCUCCGCAUUCUCAGUGUCUCGCGUGCACGACGCGUGGCAUCAGUGAUGUCAGCCAUCCUGCCACCGCUGCCGCUGCCGCUGCUGCUUCUGCUGCUCGUGCACAUCAUGCGACACCCGCGACCGGCAAUAUGAUGACUGCACCAAGCCCUGUCGUGCCAUGCCCAGCCACCACGAUGCCCCCCAUCACGGCGGGGACGCGUACAUGGUGCAGCGCACACGGUGGGUAUGGCGGGGAGACCUGUGCUGUCCUGACGAGCAAACUUCGCGCGCAACUGCGCCAGGUUGUCAAGGAGCAACUCAAGGCCCACGACAUCUGCUUCGAGCGGGGACAGCACAAGAAAGCGGAAUGGCCGACCGUGGUCAAGGCGGCGUUUGAGCAGCUGGCGAUACCUGCACAAGGCAACGCAUGGCUGCGGUUCGGCAAGGACGACCUGUGCAAGCGCAUCUACGGCGUCAUCAGCAGCCAGUUUGACUAUUGGAAGAAGCCUGCGCACGAGCGAAAGGCAAAGAGCGAGAAGCAGGCAGCGCGACAGCGGCAGAAGCGAAAGGCCAAAAGGCAACGCAAAACACAACAACAACAACAACAACAACAACAACACCAACAACAACAACAACAACAACAACAACAACAACAACAACAGCAGCAGCAGCAGCAGACAAUGGUUGAAGAAGGUGUGGGGCCUCAACAGCUCGAACGGCAGCACCGUCAUCUGUCCUCACCAUCCAACAUCAACACCAGCAACAUGAACAUGAACAUGAACAUGGCUUCGUCGUCGGGACCAAGCAGUAAGAAGGCAAAGACGAGCAGCAGCUUGCCAAAAGGCUUCUUCGACGAUGAGCGCAAAGAUGCAAAGGCGCGCCAAGUACCGGUGACCAACAAAGCUGAGGAAGAGUGGCAGGCGUUUCAACGCGAGAUGACAGCGACAGAACAGGAAUCAACUGCUAUCAUUGAGGAAGAUGCAGAGAAAGCGACCAUCAACCGUCUGCUUGAUGAAGAACAGGAACAAAGGCAACUGCUCAGCAAAGUGGAACAGCUAAAACAGCGAAAGGCAAAGGCGCUCGAAGAGAAGAAGCAGCGACAACUGGAGAGGCAGAAGAAAGAAGAGGGUGAAAGGAAGAACAAGAAGAAGGGAGAAGGGAAGGGAGGCAGCACAAGCAGCGACAGCAGCGAUGAUGAGGAUGAUGCUGGCUGGGUCGACGUACCGUGGAGAUCAAAGGCCAUUUAG